AUGGUCGAAUACACGGAUUCUAUGCGGCCGGCUAUCCAUGCCAUCAUCAACAUCCUAUUUUUUCUGGGCGAAGGGAGCGCGCUAUUGCGGUUAUGGACGAAAGGCGUUAUGUUACAAUCUUUUGGCUAUGAUGACUGGGCGAUGACAUUGGUCGCGGUUGUCAACUGCGGACAGCAUGCCAUAUUAUACCUUUUCAUGAGUGCUGGUGCUGGACUACACCAAAAAGAAGUAUUAGCAAAUGAUCCAACGGCAUUGUCCCGUAUGUUAAAGUAUCUAUUCGCCGAGGAGAUCCUCUACCUUCUACUCCACUUCUGCAUCAAGAUGAGCUUCCUGCUCUUCUUCAAGCGGCUGUCGCCGGACAAGAACUUCCAGCUGGCCGUGCACUGCGUCAUCGCCGCCAACGUCUUCGUGACGACGGGGACCUGGGUCCUGUACUGCCUGCAGUGCGUCCCCAUCGAAGCAUACUGGGCUCCCGAGAAGCACCCCGGCGUGAAGUGCGUUGACUUCGCGAUUUCCCUGUGGUUGCCCGCCUCUUCGCUCAUCGCCGUCGACUGGGCCAUCUUCUUCCUGCCCCUGACCACCGUCCUCUCGCUGCAAAUGACACUGAAGCGGCGCCUCCAAGUCCUCGCCGUCGUCACCACCGGCGGCUCCUCCGUCGUCGUCUCCUGCCUGCGCCUCAUCAUCAUCCACCGCUUCACCAUCACCGACGACAUCCUGUGGGAGAUGGGCAACAUCUGCACCGUCUCCGCCGCCGAGAUGGAAGUCGCCAUCAUCGCCGCCAACAUGCCCGGCAUAAGCGCCUUCUACAAGGCCUGGCGCGGCGGCACCCUCAGCGGCUCCAGCCACACCGCGUCCGGCGGGCACCCGUCGCAAGGCUUCACCGGGGGCGGGGGCAAGAACGGCGGCGCGAGCGGGAGCAACAACAGCCACCCGCUGGUGACGUUCUCGCAGAAGCGGUCGCGCCCGCCGCCGCUGAACGACGACGAGCUGCUGCUGACGCGCCACGAGGACGAGACCGCCAGCAACCGGUACAACAACAGCACGACGAAGUCGUCCGACCUGUCGCGGCGGACGGACUCCGAGGAGGAGCUGACGCUCAAGAGCGGGGGCAAAUCGAAUAUUGUCGUCAACUACGACGUCGUCAUCACGGAGGAGCGCCAGGGGCCGGGCGACGCGGGGGCCCGCGAUCCGUUUCCCUGGGAUGAGGAGAAUAAUACGCACCAGCGGCGCUGA